AAGAGCCAACGGAUAUCUAAUGAAAGCCAUAGAGAAAAGGUUUUCAUUGACGGUUCUUACAUGGUCCCAAAAAAAUCUGUGGUCAUGUAAUGUUUGUUUGGAGUCAACUUCUUUCUCAUGUAAUAAGCAUGUAUGUUUGUUGUGAAUAUCAGUUCUUCAAAAGCUGAAAAAAAAAAUACUCAGUAGACCAAUCACAAGAAGAAACAAAGAUCAUCAGCAUGUGGUGGCUGUUUAACAAGAAAGGACCAUCUAAAUUCUCAGCUUCUUCUACAGCUGAAGAAGUAACUCGGGGAAUAGAUGGAUCUGGUCUCACUGCUGUUAUUACAGGAACUACGAAUGGGAUUGGUACUGAAACGGCACGGGUUCUUGCGAUGCGUGGUGUUCAUGUGAUUAUGGGGGCUAGGAAUAUGGUUGCUGCUGGAGAUGUCAAAGCAGCUUUAACUAAGGAAAUUCCAUCUGCCAAAGUUGAUGCCAUGGAUUUGGAUCUCAGUUCUUUGGCUUCUGUCAGGAAAUUUGCAUCAAAUUUUAAUUCCUCCGGUCUUCCACUCAACAUCCUUAUUAAUAAUGCAGGUGUGGCUACUGGCAAAUUUAUGCUCUCUAAGGACAGCAUUGAACAACAUUUUGCCACAAAUCACUUAGGUCAUUUUCUUUUGACGAAUCUGUUGCUGGAGACCAUGAAAGAAACAGCACUAAAGAGUGGAAGGGGCGGAAGAAUUAUAAAUGUCUCGUCCGAUGGACACCGUAUCUCAUAUCGUGGUGGAAUUAGAUUUGAUAAGAUCAAUGAUCCUUCAGGCUACAGCAGUUUUUUUGCAUAUUGUCAAUCAAAGCUUGCUAAUGUUCUUCAUGCUAAUGAGCUUGCAAGACGUUUAAAGGAAGACGGGGCAAACAUAACUGCAAAUUCACUUCAUCCUGGAAUAAUCCCUACCAAUCUUGUCUUCUCAAGCAAGAAUUCUAGUAACAGCAUUGUCGCAGGUGUUAUUAAGAUGCUUUUAGGAAGAGUGUUUAAAAGUGUUCCGCAGGGAGCAGCAACUACAUGCUACGCAGCAUUGCAUCCGGAGGUAGAGGGAAUUAGUGGUGCAUAUUUUGUGAACAGCAGCUUAGGUGAAGCAGGUUCAAUGGCUAGGGAUGUGAAUUUGGCUAACAAGCUAUGGGAUUUCAGCUCCGAUCUUGUCAAUAAAUGAUAUUACUAGUGCAUCAUAACCAUGAAAGAUUACAGAAUGGUGUAAUUAGAUUUCUAUUUUCAAUUUACUCAAGAGGUGAUGUACAUCAAACAAAUCAGCUCCAACAGUAUACAAGAGCAGUUAAUCUGAGCUGGCAUUACCAUCACAGGGAACAAUGCACAGGCUCAACUAAUUCAAGUUUUCUUCAUAAA